AUGUUGGACGAGCUGGACGUCUUUGACGAUCAUCCGUCGCUGGAUGCAUCCCUGGAAGACUUCGAGAGCAAUAGCAAUGCGCACCGCUCCCCGCUCCUGGACCUGCCCUCCCAGCACUCGGGGUUUCGGUCUGAAGACUCGGACGGUGAGAUCGAGGACCCCGCGGGCGAGCGCUGGUCGCCUCCCGGACUCCGCCGACAUGACUACGUCCAGGGCAGCGGGUGGUAUCGCCAUCAGCCCUACCUGCGCAAGGGCCAUCCAGAGUUGAGACCGACUAUUGGGCUGAGCGUAUCACCGUCGCGCUCGCGCGAACCGAGUCCGCAGUACGAGGAUGCACUCGAAGGUCCCGCCAAGGGCCAGGCCGCUGAUUCUGGCGAAACGGGCGACGUGGUGGUUGCCGCCAAUGUGCCUCUACCCACAAGCGCGGGGACCCCGCAACAAGGACGAUCCCCCAGUCCCGGCCCGCCUCCGCGAUCAAGCACGACGCCGCGAAAUGCUGUCGAGGAUGAUGGGAUGGGGUUUGGAGCAGAGAAUCUGAGCAACUAUAUCCGCUUUGCUGUGCGUGCAGAAGUUCAACACCGUGAACCCGUGGCUGCCCUGACGGGCUUCUUGCGCCGCAAGUUCGAGCGCAUGACUAGCUCCAAGUCUAACACGACCCUCUCCGUGCUGGUUCUCUUGAUCUCGAUUGCCUUUAUGCGUGCUUUAUUUCUCCCAGGUCUUCCGCAGUCCAUUCCGGAUCUCGUCAAGCUGUCGGGCUUUGCGCGUUCGUUCGAGCCUUUGAUCUAUUAUUCGGAGAAUGGGGUGCAGCAGAUCGGAACGCUUCAGGAGACUGGUGUGGCUGUCUGGGAUUUGAGCGAGUCGGUGCGUGGCACCAACAUGACCAGCGCCCCGAUUAUCGUGGGCCAGCUGGACGAGUUGUCGGAGUCGCUCAAGUCGCUUUCCUUGGAGCUGACGCGAUUUUUCGCCAAUGUCGACUCGGACAUCGACUCGAUCCUGAUUGUCAUGGACUGGGCCAAACGCGAGCUGGAAACUCUAUCAGCACAGCCCCCUAGCUCCCUGCCGACUAUUGUAUUUGACAAUGUGCACAACAUGCUCUCGCGCCUCGGUGCCUUGGAACGAACCGGGGCCGUGUCGGACGGGGGGUGUUUCGACGGCGACGACGACCACCACGACGCUGGGACAUCUCGUCCUUGCCGUCUUCGGGCCAACUUCCUGUCGGUGCUGGAGGAGUCAAUCAAUAGCGAGCUGAGCCACUCGACUGCCCUCUUUUCCCUCUUCGAGGCCAUUGACCGCCAAUUCCUAAAUCUGCAGCGCACCGUCGUACGCGAAUCGGACGCCCAAGAGCGCGCCGAGGGCGAGAUGCUCAGCUCCCUGUGGACGCGGGUAUUGGGCGCCGACGCCGCCGCCGUACGCAAAUACGAAAAGAACAAGAAGCUGCUCGCCAACGUGCGCAGCCGCACAGUCGCCAACAAACACCUCCUCGUCGACCACCGCGGCCGCCUCCUGACCCUCAAAGUCAACCUGGAGACUCUGCGUCGGAAGCUGGUCAGCCCGCUCGUGCGCCGCAACGACUCAAUCAGCUUCAUGGGUAACCUUGACGGCAGCGCCUCUCCCGGCGGCUCCUCGACCAAUUCGGCGGGUCGCAUGCUCGGACCUGUCGAGGCUGUCAUCGACGGCCAGAUCCGCGGCCUGGAGGGCACGUAUGACUAUCUGCGGUCCGUGCGUGAGCGGCAAAAGGCCAAACUCAUGGAGAUGGUGUACGGAGCGGGCCGGAAACCGUCUUCGUCGAUGUUCAGUGAGGGACAGGAAGAGGCCAUCGAGGGUGUAUAG